AUGGACCCUGCCGCACUGCUCCCGGCGUCCGGCAUACCUGCCUCGUCGUCCAACUCGUCGUCGUCAUCGCCUGCGGCAGCUGUUGAUGCGCAAGCGGGAGCAUCGAUGCGCCAUGCGAGCCAAGGCUCUCUCCGCUCGCCUACGAUUGCAGCACUUGGCGGGCGUGGUCGGCGGGGCUCCAUCUCGGCCGAAGUCCUCCGUCCGCGCAAGACCGGCUUCAAACCGCCGCAACACGCCAAGACGCCCGAGGCCAAGGCCCGCAUCCGAUCGGCGGUUGCCGGUCACAUUCUCUUCCGCCAUCUCGAUGCCGACCAGUUGACAGUGGUCGUCAACGCCAUGUUUGAGCUCCCCACCGUCGCCGGCACCUCUAUCAUCCGCCAGGGCGACCCGGGCGACUACUUCUACAUUGUUGACUCUGGCAAGUUUGACAUCUUUGUCACCCCUUCCGGCGGCGGCCCGACCGCAAAGGUCCUGACCGUCACCGCUGGGGGCGCUUUUGGCGAGCUCGCCCUCAUGUACAACGCCCCGCGUGCUGCAACCUGCACUGCUGUCAAGGACUCGGUCCUCUGGGCCCUCGAUCGCGUCACCUUUAACUACAUUCUCAUGGACUCGACCCUCGCCAAGCGCGACCGCUACCAGGAGUUCCUUCGCGACGUUCCGCUCUUCCGCAGCGCAGACGCCUCCAUGCUCGGUCAGAUCGCCGACGUCCUCGGUGAGGCUGUCUUCUCCGACGGCGAGUACAUUGUACGCCAGGGCGACUCCGCCGCCGACCGCUUCUACAUCAUCGACACAGGCCAUGUCAGAGUCGAACAGACCUCCCCGGACGGUGAAACAGCUAUUUUGGCCACCCUUGGUUCGCGCGACUACUUUGGCGAGGUUGCGCUCAUGGCUCAGUGCGCCCGCAACGCCGACGUCAUCGCCUCGUUCUCUGUCAAGUGUGUUGUCCUUGAUCGUGCCUCCUUCCUCCGCCUCGUCGCCACCCCGGCGCGCAUGCCGCUCCUUUCGAAGCGCAUGGCGACGUACACCCUACUUGACUCGACCGCGGCCGCUGUCAAUCUCAUGGGCUCGCGCUCGUCGCUCAUCUCUACAUCCGACUCGUCAGACGAAGCAAGCACUACUGCCAGCCCGGCCGCGAGCCCAGCCGUCGUCCGCCACGCUGCUCCGCCAUCUGCUCCGUCGUCGGAACCGUCGGCUUCGUCCGCUGAUGCUCCCUGCUACGACAAUCUCGGGCCACUGCCAACAGACCUGGAGGGCGCGCCCGACGGCUUCACCCCUGCCCUCCAGCGGUAUUCGAUUGAUGCUGCCGUUGCUUCAGCCAAGAGUGGCCGCGAUCCCAACUCAUCCAGCAUCGGCUCCUCCUCUUCCUCCUCCUCGUCUUCCUCGUCUCAGAGCUCGAGCGAGGUUGGCGAAGGGCGGGUCCAAGUCUUGGCUGUUGCCGAUCCGCUGGCCGAUGCCGAGACUGGCCAGCCUCGGCCGCGUCCGGCUGAUCCUGCACGAAUUGUCCAGCGACAGGUCACCUGGGCUACUGGUGCCCUUGUUGGCAUGGUAUUUGUAUGGGCUUCUUUCAUGGCCGCCUUUGUCAUCGCCGGCGUCUCCAGCGGCAAGGCUGCACUCGCCGGCCUCGUUCCCGCCGGCGCGCUACUCAUCUUUGGCCUGAGCUGUCAGGCGUCUGCUGCUGCGGCAGAGGCUGCUGCUCGUCGGGCAGAGGCACUGGCUAGAGCUGCUCAGACUGCAGAGAAGCGCUUUGAUCCCGUCGCCGAAGUCGUGAAGGCACAGACCGCUCCCGCGUCGCACACCACGCUCGCGCCGACCGACACGGCUGCCGCAGCUCCCGCAGCCGCGACCACGGCGGCUACCACGGCUGCCGACGCUAACCAGGCUACUGAUAGUAUUGGUGUAGAGAACGAUGGCGAGGCCAUGGAGGUCGAUGCGGUCAAGGCUGCGUUGCGUGCCCGCAGCGAGGUGGUGACCUACUUUGGCGAGACGGACGCCGCCCGCGCCGCCCGUCUGCGCAAGCUGCUGCUGCACGAGGGCGAGUUCCGAACUGGCGAGGCCAACGAGUACUCACGUGCGCUCAAGGCAGAGAGUGAGCGCCUGCUGGAGGAGCAGAUCGAGGCCCUGUCGGCUGCUCGGCCUGCGGAGCGCGGGACCGGCGCCGAGUACGGCGAGGUCUACCUCGGCAAGAUCCCGGCCGAUGUCUACGAGCGCCUCGACGCCCGGUCUGUCACCGAGCGCGCCACCCGCGACGGCCGCCGGACCACCGCAAAGUAUGCUCAGACCUGCUCCUAUCUCCAGCCGCUGUUUGAGGAGCUGGUCCGGAAGCAGGUUCAUCCCGAGAUCCUCGCCGGCCUCGACGCCAUUGUUCGCGAGCUCAACGGCCGCGACUACAUCAAUGCCAUGGGCCACUUUGUCGACAUGUCCAUCGGCAACGCGCCGUGGCCCAUCGGCGUCACCAUGGUUGGCAUCCACGAGCGCUCGGGUCGUGAGCGCAUCUCGGCCCACAAGGUUGCCCACGUACUCAACGACGACCGCUCCCGCAAGUACAUUCAGUCGGUCAAGCGCCUCAUCACCUGGGCCCAGACCAAGUUCCCCCCUGAUGACGCCUCUCGCCUCAUCGGCUAGUUAAGUAUUGCCCUCUACAUGUGUAAAACAUCCCUUUACAAA